UAGAGAAUUCUUGAACAGAUUCUACAACUACUUGAUAGCCAGAAGCAUCGACUUUUCCCUGGACACUAUAGAAAAAGAAUUGAUCAGUUUCUGCUUGGAUGUCAAAGGAAAAGAAAACCUCUUGUGCUACUACCUGGGAGCCACAAAAGAUGCAGCCACCAAAAUCCUUGGUGAGGUCACUCGCCCGAUGAGUGUGCAUAUGCCUGCCACCAAGAUCUGUGAGAAGCUAAAGAAAAUGGACAGUCAGAUCUGUGAACUGAAAUAUGAAAAAACACUGGACUUGGCAUCCAUGGACCUGCUGAAGAUGCGAGUGGCAGAGCUGAAACAGAUCCUGGUCAUCUGGGGAGAAGACUGUAGGGCCUGUGCAGAGAAGGCUGACUAUGUGAAUCUGAUCAAGAAACUUGCCCCCAAGUAUGCAGCGACACACCCUCAAACAGAACUCUGACCCUCUGAUCCUGGACACACUGUUGACUGUAAUUAGAGACAAAAUGACUCUAGGAUGAACACUUUAGUUAAGGGUAACCAGGAACUGCAUGGUAUGUUGAUGGUCCACACUUCCUGACUGGAGAUUACUCCUCAGAAUGAGUUACUUGGAUUUCUAAGUUAAACUUUAUCAAUGUUUCACGUUUGCAGUGCCCUCAUACAUAUAAGUGCCUUUUUCAUAAAGUUGUAAAGACUAUUUAAGUUAACAUUACCUAGCUCCUAAAACUGGGAGAAGUCAGCCACUGAAAAAUCACUGGAGGAAAUUGAAUCUAAAAGAAAAAGUUCUCAGAGACCCCUUCGUAUGCAUGGCUAAUUUUUAAUUUUUAAAUAGGAAAGCUAUUUAAUAGAUAAUUAAAAAUAUCAUUUUAUUCUGAAUUUAGAACAGUUAAUGUAAUUUUAGUAAAGUAGGAGAAUAAAGAUGCACAAUAAAGAAAAGUCAUAUCUAACUAACAACUAGAAAGAACUCCAUCUAGUUCUUUUCUAUGUGAUGUCUGCACUCAUUUUUAAUUAUAUAUAUUGGACUAGCACAAAAGAAAAAAAUUGACUAUCUUCCAACUUAGACCCCACAGUAACAUGGCAUAAGCAAAAUUUUAAUUAA